AAGCAAAUGAAUAUGAGUAAUGGGAUGCUAUAUUUAACUGUACAAAAUAUGACAUAUAUUAUAUGACUGACAACGAGAAUAUCCAUGUUAAUUAUUAACAUAUGGACUAGAUCUAAUUACUUUCAACAGAAGAAUCGGCCCUUCCACGGCUACGAUCUUGAAAGCAUAAAUAUUGAUUUACAAGGGACGUUAUUCACUGCCGGUGUUUUUUAGUUCAAGGUCAACAGUGAUACAAUUAAUUUUGUAGUACACAAAUGGAAGAAAAGAAGGCUGCGGAUAAACUAAACCUUGGAAAUACUUUUGAAGAGGAAGAGUUGCAGUCAUUCCUACAUGAUGUAGAAAAACUGAUUGUUGAAGAAGCCCUAGUGAAAGGGACGAGUAGGGACGUACGUGUCACGAACUUUAGACAUCCUAAAGAGUUAAAGGGUUUGCUAAACUUUUCCAUCGAAGACGGUCCCUGUAGCUUCAAAGAGCUUCUAGAACUUUGUAAGAAUGUCAUCAAUUAUUCAGUGAAAACUGGGAAUCCUAGGUUCUUCAACCAGUUAUACAGUGGUAUGAACGUAUUUGGGCUCGCCGGAUCUUGGGUAACAGAAUCUCUAAACACCAACAUUCAUACGUUUGAGACGUCCCCUGUGUUUGUCUUGCUGGACAACUACAUCAUUGAGAAGAUGUGUGGUAUAGUUGGCUUUAACGGCGGCGACGGACUGUUUUGUCCAGGUGGUGCAUUUUCUAAUAUCAUGGCACUGAAUAUAUCAAGAUACAAAUGUUGCCCGGAUGUGAAGACAGAGGGUGUGUAUGGACACAGACGUAUGAAAAUAUACGUUUCUGCUGAGGGUCAUUAUUCCCUCGCAAAAGGUGCUAUGUUUCUUGGCAUGGGUUCGAAAAGUGUAGUUAAGAUAGAAUCAGACGAACGUGGAAGAAUGAAACCUGAUGAUCUGGAACGCCAGAUUGUUAGAGAUAAAGACAAGGGUGAGCUGCCUAUGUGUGUUGUAGCGACCUCAGGGACAACAGUGCUUGGAUCUUUUGAUCCACUUGAAGAUAUCUCUGAUAUAUGUGACAAGUAUGGGGUCUGGUUACACUGUGAUGCGUGCUGGGGCGGAGGUGCACUUCUAUCAAAAAAGCAUAAACAUCUGUUGAAAGCAGUACACAGGGCCAUGUCUGUGAGUUGGAACAUGCACAAACUGACAGCAACACCAAUGCAAUGUUCAUUAUUUCUUACCAAAGAAAAGGGUUUAUUAGAAGAAUGUAACCGAUUCGAUGUUGAAUAUCUUUUUCAACCAGACAAGUGCUACGACACAUCUUAUGAUAUCGGUCACAAAACGGUGCAGUGUGGACGUAAAGCGGACUCACUGAAGCUGUGGCUAAUGUGGAAAGGUCUUGGUGACUCUGGCAUGGCAGCGAUUGUGGAUAAAGCAUUCGAAAACGCUAGAUAUUUUACAGACCAGAUAAGAGGAAGAGAGGGCUUUCGUUUAGUUUUACCAGAGUUUCAGUUAACAAGUGUAUGUUUUUGGUACAUUCCGAAAAGUUUAAGAGGCCGUGAGGAGACAUUUGAAUGGUGGGAGGCUGUGUCACUGGUUGGACCUAAAAUAAAAGAGAAGAUGUUACACGAAGGAACAAUAAUGAUUGGGUAUCAACCAUUACAAUCGAAGGGUUUUGUUAAUUUCUUUAGGUUGGUUGUAGGAAAUGCCAAGUGUAACUUUUCAGAUAUGGACUUCGUUAUUUCAGAAAUAGAAAGAUACGGUGCCGAUCUCUGAUAAAUCUUUUUAUGCCCGAAGGUGUGCGUUUGUGCGUCCGUGUAAAUGCUUUUCCGGGCUGUAACUUCAACAUUCACAGGAGAAUUUGAAAAUAAUUAAAUAUUAAUCAUAUUGAGGUGUGUCGCGCUCAUGACCCGGCUGUCUCAGGUCAAGGUCACAAAAUGAUCUGGGUUUUUUUUCGUAUCCGGUCCAUAGAGAUUUUGAAAUAAGUUUGCACAAAUGUUAAUCUAAUUCCGGUGGUCGUGUCAAUGACCCGGGUCUCUUGGGUCAAGGUCAGGUCACAAUUUGGAAUGUAGUCUUUAUUGUUGUUUAUAUAUGGAUUUAACAGUUAUUUUGUGCAAUACCUAUAUUAGCCUGAGAAUAUGCUAUGUGCAUGUUCCGGGUCAAGGUCAUUGUUUAAUUUUUUAUUUAUUUUUCGCAGACAACUAUAGCAUCCUUGGGCUUGCUUCGGGGGCAUUUGUCACUAAUAGUGACAGCUUUUGUUUAUAGUUAUUGUUGCAAAUUGUUGUUGCUACUUUAAAGUAUUUAGUUAUUUCUAAUCAUCUAUCUUCGAUUGUAUUAUUAUGCUUAGGCCGAGUUAUAUAAAUUCAGGUAGGACAACCGUUAUGGACAACAUUUCAAACUUAAUUCAAAAUGUAUUUUUAUCUAUAUCAUGCCAAUGAAUUGUUUUUUAAAAUAUUAGGACACCUAAUUUCCAGGUGAAUAACAUUUUUUUUUAAAUUUCCAUCCCAUCCCAUUUUUACACUUUUACUCAAAAUCAUUUGACCCCUAGGGUAGAUAAAAUGGCCAUAACACACUCAUAUCAAGCAAUAUAAUAGUAAAUUUGGAGUCUAUGGACCAAGAAGUGUUGUAUGUUUGCAAAUAAGAUGAUUUAAAUGUUUAUUUGCAAGAUAUUUGUUUAAAAUUGGCAUUUGCCCAUGACAACAUGUGCAAACUCAAAAGCACUUUAUUCCUAGGCCAAAUGUCGUGAUGACAUUAAAAGUAUGAUUUUUAGGCAAUAAUAUGAUAAUUCCAAAACAAAUUAAGACUUAUUUUUUAUAAUUGACCUAUUCCUAGGGUAAAUAAACCAUAUUUAAAUACUUUGCCCAUCUAGUAUUGAAAAACACCAGUGGGAAGUUGGACAGAUGGAAACAUUUUCAACACUUUAUUUCCACUACUACAUACCGACAGGUGCCAAUAAUGAUAAGAAUUUAUGUAUUAUUAACAUUGGGGUUUAUAUUAAUACAAACACAUGUGAAUACAUUUACUAGUUGGUUUAACCAUUUUAAUGUAAAAUAAUAAGAUACCAUUAGGUAUUUUGAUACCACGAAAAGAUAAAUAUGCCGAGACAAAAUUUUAGUAAGUUAUAUAUCUUAUGCAUUACAUCAGUAUUUACUGUUAAUUUAAUUACAAACAAUGAUGUUUUAUAGAUAAGAACAUUGCAAUAAAUAUAAACUACCUAUA